UCGAAGGCCGCGCGUCAUUUUACGCAGUCGAAGUUCUGCAAGGCUGGGGGGAUGAGAGUUCUCGCGGAACUCUGGAACGGCACGGACUACACAUUUGUGCCGUCCACUGCUCAUCGGGUGCAGAGGUGGAUGGCAGACGAGGGCAUACGGGACACGAGAGCACCCGCGGGUGGCCAGAGACAGCAGAUGGACGACGCAGAAAGGGACGACAUUCAGGACGCCCUCGAUGAGGAGGAGGGCCGCGAGGGUGGGGCCAGGGAGGGGGCAAUUGCAGACGAGGCAGACGAGGCAGACGAGGCAGACGAGGCAGUCGGAGAGCCUAACCUGCCAGGGGAGGAGGUGGUGAUGACGUCGAGAGGCGUCGGUGGAGCAGGUCCUGCUACUAGGGCGUCGCGAGCUGAGGUGGAGCGCGCGAGGAGGGAGAAGAGGACAGUGGGGCAGGCUGGCGUCGAGGUGCCAGACACGAGCAGGGAGAAGAGGGCUCAGCAGACCACGAUUGACGAGAUGUAUGCCAUGGAGAAGUUGGCCGAGUUCACAGACGCGUGGCUUCAGUGGAUCUACGUGAAGAAGUUGCCAUUCAACGCCUUCCGUGGUCCGGAGUUCCAGAGGGUGCAGCAGGCAGCAGAGAGAGUGCCUCGCUCUAUCCAAUUCCGGUUUCCCUCCUACAGGGUUACAGCGGGCGCCGGUAUCCCUUCGCAGAGGGCGAAGGUGGCGACGAUGGUGAGCGAGGUGCGCGCCACUUUCCGGCACAGCGGUGCCACUAUCCUUUCUGACGGGAGGAAGUCGCUCGUGAACUUCCUCGUCGGGGGCGCCAACGGCGCCCUGCUGUACGCCACCGUCGCACGUGACGGGUCGGUCCGAGACACAGCGGACGUCGUGUACCGUAGGUGGCAGGCCAUCAUCUUGUCCUUUCCUGCAAAGGACGUGAUCGGCUUCUGCACAGACUCCGCCAGCCGACGAGACGCGUUGGAGAGCAUGUUGCACGGGGAUGCUUGGGCACGCAUCCCGUGGGAUCGCGCCCACGUAUCUCAGGCGCAGUGGGUGCAGCAGCAGAUCCGGGACAGGGAGUUUUGGCAGCGUGUCCAUUACGCCAUCCUAGUCAUGUCGCCCGUCCACCAGCUGCUGCGCAAGAUGAAUAAAGGUGGGAUGAUGAUGUCCGUCGUUUACGAGUGGAGUCAGCAUCUGUUGCAGUUGAUGAGCAGGGUCGACGUGCCGACGUACAUGAUCGAGCCGUGCGUGCGUGAGGUUGCCAUCCGCAACCUCCACAUGCUAGAGCCCGCACAUGCCGCGGCCCACCUCCUCAACCCUCGUCGACGGUCCCUCACGUAUUACCAUUUGCUGGAGACGACCGCCGACGACCGUCGUGUGGUCGAGGAGUGCGACAGAUUUCUCCUGGCGCAGACCGGCGGCGAUCUGGUCGGCUUAUUGUACAGGACCGUGAGGGACCAGAUGAGGGCGAUCCACUCGAGGCGAGGGGAUUGGGGAGAUCGUGACCUCUCCGAUGCCGAGGCGGCCGAUUGCAGGGGGGACAGUGAGACCGAGCAAUGUGCAGCGUGGUGGUUCGAGCAUGGACGUGCCCACCCGGAGUUGCGCACCAUCGCCAUCCGUGUCAGGCACUUGUGGACGUCUGCCUCUCCAGCGGAGAGGAACUGGGCGGAGCACGAGCGCGUCAACACGGCGAGGCGCUGCAAGCUUGGAUUCGCCAAGCUUGAAUCCAAGCUUGCACAGCUGGUUGAGAUUGCCACCAUUCUCAAACUGGCCUCGUGCGCACGGCAGGGUGGUGGCUACGUGUUGCCAUGGGUUAUGGGGACCGGUCGGGGGGGGACGGCGGCAGAGGAGAAGGAUGAGGAGGGAGAUGUGGAGCCCGAGGUGUGGGGAGCGCGACCUGAUGGCAGUGUUCUCGAGCAGGAGAUCCAGCGGCAGAUUGUCGCUUUCCGUGACAGCCGACCGUCCAGAGCCCGUUCAGUUCGGGACGUGUUCGGCAGCAGAGCGACGGAGCUGCGACUGUGGCCGGAGGGUGGGGAUGAUGUGGACGCUGCUGCGGCAGGGGACGACAUCGACGACGACUGGACUGACGAUGAUGACACGCCGCUGAGUCGCGACCCGACGGCUGAGCGAGUGUACUUCACUUACGGUGGGGGUCGUGACGACAUGGAUUCACACACAUCGGUUAUCACUGGUGGUGUGUCGUCGACCGCGCAGGCGAGUGGCAGAAGCAGAGCCGGCAGUGGUGUUGGAGGACGUUCGCAUGCGGAGGUUCGCAUGGACGACUCGGGGGAGCAGCAGCCACGGGGAGGUCUUCGGCACACAAGCAGGCGUUGGGAGGUUAGGAGCGACAGCGAGGCCGAGGGGGAGGCCGAGGAUGAGGAGGUGCCCCUUCACGAUCGUCGCUUCUCUCCCUCCCAUCAUCCGAUCUCUGCACAGCCCGAGGCACUUAGGCGUUCGGAGAGGUUGGCGUCGGCAGCGGGCAGAGACCGGACACAUGACGGCGAGGAUCGUGGGGGGGAGAGGACUCCUUCCGACGCCAGUAUCCGCCCCCGCUCGCCGUCGGUGCUCCGCACACAGGACUUCGAGGACAUAGGGCUUGGUGGGAGCUUGGGAGAUUUGAGUGUCGAGGGACGUCGACGUGCCUCACUGCAGGAUGUGUGCACAGACGCGGACGUUGAGCGGGGCCCUGUUGAGACUGAGAAGGAGAGGGAUGCCCGUUUGGACCGAGAGGAGGAGGAGCGGCUGAGGAGUUUGCCACAGUGGGAGGGUCGGUUCACGUAUCUCGACGAGCAGCUGUGCGGCGGAGGAGAGGGUGGACCCGGUGGAGAUGGGGACACCGCGGGUGUCGGUGGAGACGAUGGACCGGACGGCGACGAUGACGACGACCACAGUCCCGAGGACGAUCCGUAUAGGCUCGCCUUGGUGUUGAGGGAUCCCACAUUGCCUCCGUUGCGCCGUGCCGACACAGCGCACACUUUCUUCGAUGCCGACGCUUUGGCGCAUGCAUUGACGGAUGACCCUUUCGCACACGUGAGCCGCAAGAGCGGCAAGCAGCAGGCCCCUGGGAGGGUGUAUUCACCGCCGCCGUUCACAGUGCAGAGCCCUCACUGGUCGGGUUCGUCGCUCAGCGACGUUAGAGGGAGGGAGUCCGGUGCGGGUGAGGUGGGGUCCGGCAGACGCAGCGACGGCGGCAGAGAUAGUGCAGGAUCGAUGCCUCCACCGCCCGCACGGACUCCGAAGGCCAGGGUCGACACCGAGGACUGGACGGUGGCACCCGAAAUGGAAGGCCGCAUGCUUGGUUUGUCACGAGCGGAGACGAGGAGGACAUUGGUCCUCGAGGCCGCAGGGACAUCCACGGACAGGCUGCGGGGAGAGCAAUUCACAUCGGGCGAGGAGGGGUUGUCGAUGCGUCCCGGGACAAACGACAGCAUGGCCUCUCGGAGGUUGAGGCUCGACUCGCUGCAGGGGUCGCCGCUGGGCAGGCAGCAUUGGACGCGAUUCAGAGGGAGAGAGAGGGGGAUUGCUGCACAGGCGGAGGAGGACGAGGACGCAAACACUGAGUCCGAACCGAUCGAGACUGCGGCACGCAGACACAGGGCACAGGUGGCCGCGGCGGCCGCUGCGGCACAUGCGGCAUACGUCAGCGGGGCACAGGGCACAGGUGCUGGAGGGAGAGGAGGGCGCCGGGGAGGACCGCAUGACCGCACGUCCUCCGGGAGAGGCCGCGUGCGCUCUGGUGGGAGAUGACGACGUCCGCGGUGUUUUUUGGUACUCGGUUGUACAGUAGAGACGACGCCCGUCGACGGGUCCAGUUUUUUUUUUCUACUCUAUUGUGUAGCAGAGACGAUGGGUCCAAUUUUUUUUUCCUACUCGGUUGUACAUUAGGGUUUUCAUUUAUUUUUUUUUCGUACUCAGUUUUCAUUAGAGACGAUGUGGAUAUUAGGGUUUUCAUUUUUUUUUCCCUACUCGGUUGUACAGUAGAGACGACGCCCGUCGACGGGUCCAGUUUUUUUUUGCUACUCUGUUGUGUAGCAAAGACGAUGGGUCCAGUUUUUUUUUGCUACUCGGUUGUACAGUAGAGACUACGGGUCCAGUUUUUGGCUUCAGCCUUGUACAUACGCAUUUCCAUUGAAAUGCUUUGUCAUAUAUUUGCUAUUGUUCUUGUUCCUCCACCAACAUUGGUCUUGCAUCUGAGUCGCUGUUGUUUGGUGAUUGUUUUCUGCUCUGUUGUCGUGAUUGUUGCAAAUUAUGUGCUUCUCCGAUGCCACGCACGUGCAUGUCAUGGAUGCCUCCAUUAUGAAGGUGCAGUUAAUUUCAGAUGCGACAUAGAGAUGACGUGCUAAUGAAUGUGUUCUUACAUAAAUGAUGUGCUAAUGAAUGUCCAUCAGUCUC